AUGCAUACUACACAACCGCGCCAAACCGUGUUGCCGAUGACGGGGAAGGAUGAUGAAACCCGGGAAGAAGACAUGGUGGCACCCGUGUACUGCGCUGUAACCUCAUGGUGCCUUCUAGGAGGAGCGCUUGGGGCAAUUAUCUGCACUCCAGCCAGCGUGUGCUGCUACUUUGGCUGCCGCGACUUGAACAGGGACCCAUUUUCGGGCCGAGGCUGGGCACUGGCCAUUGCUGGCGGUAUCACCGGUCUGAUCAUCGUUGCCCUAUACUUCUUGGUGAGGAUGUACAUCGACGACCCGCACAUGUUCGGCGAUUCAUGGACCCAGCAGCAGUAUGGCAGUUGGACAGAUGAGAACGGGACGACGCACACGACGAUGGAGGAGUGGCACUGGAAAGGGCACAGCCUCGAGGGGUUCAAUAUGACUCUUUUGAAU